UCUAGUAGUACUAGUGGUAGCAGUGGAGGGUUCUAAUAAAUAACACUAAAACCAUCAAAGCUUUCUUUGCCUCCCACCUCUGGAAAGGAAGAAAGAAAGAAAAUUUGGAAUUGGGUUAGUGAGAGAGAAGGAAGAAGAAGCAAAGUGAGUGAAGAAAGAGAGAAAGGCAAGCCCUUUCCUUUCCUUACCUCUUUUGUUUUGUUGGGUUUCUGCGGCAUUAUCAUCAUCAUCAUCAUCAUCAUCAAUCCCAUUCCAUCCCACACAGUGAGACAGAGACUCUCUCUCUCUCUCUCAUCACUCUGCUUCUUCCAUACUACUCUGUAUGUUUCUGUUGAUCUUUCUUUCUUUAACCCUGAAAUAGAGGAAGCAAGAGAAGAAAAAGGUCCAGAGGGAAGGUUUUUAAUGUGCACCCACCUCUCUUCUCAACCUUCUUCCUCUUUCUCCCACUUCUUCUUCAUCCCCUGCUUUCUCCUUCUUGUUCUUCUUGUGCAUUCUGACUGACUCCCUUCCGCCAUCCUGCUCUGUUUUCUUUCACUCUCUCUCUCUCUCACUUCAUUUUGCUCUCUGGGUCUUUGUUUCCAUUGCUACACAAUCACAUAACAGACCAGUUGACAGAGCACAUCACCAGGCAUCCCAUUCCUAAAGCUUUGUGUUCUAGUUCCUUUUCUUUCUGUCAAACAGAUCUAAUUUUACCCAUAACUCACCCCAUUUACCCAUAACUGUCUGAGACAACACAACUCAGGAGCUAUGAGUAAAGAAGAGUUCCUAAAGAUCCAGACCUGCGUUCUCAAAGUUAACAUACACUGCGAUGGCUGCAAGCACAAGGUCAAGAAAAUAUUGCAGAAGAUUGAUGGGGUGUUCAAAACCCACAUAGAUUCAGAGCAAGGGAAAGUGACUGUUUCAGGAAACGUCGACCCCGCCGUCCUGAUCAAGAAGCUCAACAAAGCAGGUAAACAUGCUGAGCCCUGGGGCGCCCAAAAACCCAAUAACAACAAUCAUAAUCUCAAUCAACUGCCCAAUCAAUUCAAGAACAUGCAAAUUGAUCACGGCGGCAAAGGCGGCGGUGGCCAGAAUAACGGCAAAGGCGGUGGCCAGAAAGGCGGCGGCGGAGGACACCCUGGUGGUAAUAACAGUAACCCCCAGAACCAGCUCAAAGGUGGCGGUGGCGGCGGCGGCGGACAUCAACUGAACCCGCAACAGCUCCAGCAACUGCAACAACUGCAGCAGCAGAUGAGCGGGUUACAAGAUCUGAAGCAGCUUCCCCAAUUGAAAGGAGCCAUGAAAAUGCCGCAGCAGAUGCCUCCCCACCUUCAGCAGCAGCAGCAGCAGAAUCAGAACAAUCAGAAGUCGGCUAAGUUCGCCGCCCUUGAAGAUGACGAGUUCAGUGAUGACGAUUACGAUGAUGAUUAUGACGACGAGGAUGACUUCGACGAUGACGAAUUCGAUGAUGAGAUGGGCGCUCCUCCUCCCAAUAAGCCCAAGCCGAUCAUCGGAAAUGGACACCCUGGCAAGAUGAUGAACGCCGGCGGCGGAAUGCUCCCGCCUCAUCUAGCUGCGGCCGCGAAAAAAGGCGGUGGCGACGGACCGGUUCCCGUUCAUUUCAACAACGGCGGUGGGAAGAAAGGCGGCGGCGGAGGGAAUCCGGGUCAGAAUCAAAAUCAAAACGGUAAAGGCGGUGGAGGUGGAGGUAAACCGCAAGAUGGGAAAAAUGGCGGUCACGGCGGCGGUGGAGGGAACGGUCAGAACGGUAAUAAUGGCGGUGGUGGUGUGAACGGUAAUAACAUGAACAUGGCCGGGGGCAAGAAGGUAAAUAACGCCGGCGGUGGUGCGAGCAGUAAUGAAGGCUUCAGAAGCAUGGGUGGUGGUGGACCCCAUGGAGGAGGUAUGGGCCCAAUGGGCGGCGGAAUGAACGGCGUGCCCAUGGGCCAUCAUCAAGUUCCAAUGGGCCAAAUGCCCAAUAACAUAGCGGCAGCGGUCCAAGGCCUACCGAUGAACGCCGGCGGCGGCGGAGGAGGCCCUCCGGUUGGGUAUUUCCCAGGUUCAGGUCCCGAGGGAAUGCCCGGCAACCCGUCUCUCCAGCAACAACAAUACAUGGCGGCGAUGAUGAACCAGCAAAGAGCAGCCGCUGCAAUAGCUGCCGGCGGCGGCGGCGACCAGAGGUUUCAGCCGAUGAUGUACGCCAGACCCCCACCGGCGGUGAACUACAUGCCCCCGAACCCGUACCCGUAUCCAUACCCGCAUCCCCAGGCUACCGACCCGUAUACGAAUUACUUCAGCGACGAGAACACCUCGAGUUGCAGCCUGAUGUGAAGAGGCGGGUCGGGUGAGUGAAUUCAGGCCCGGAUUGCUGCGCUGCCGCCGUUUAGCUUGCUUAGCUUUUAUUGCUGCGGUGGAGGAAGAUUGGGAAGUUUGAUAUACAACAUCGAAAUGGGUCUUUUCUCGUUUAAAUUAAAAUUUUCAUCCAUGUUUAUUUUUCACCUUUGAUAUAUUUAUUUUGGGUUUUUUCCCCCUUAAUGAUGGGAGUCCGAAUUAAGUUGGAAGUAGGGAGUGAAAGGGAGGAUUAGUAGUAGUAAGAGAGUAUUAAGUAGUUGCUAUGGAGGACGAUAAUGAUGUUUAUAUGUGUUUAUAUGUUGCAAAACCGCAAAUAAUAAGAGAUUUAAACACCUAAACAAAGGACAAAAGGGAAAGAACAAUUCCCACCCUCUCUUCUUCUCUUUUGCCUUAUUUCUCUCCUUGAUUUUCUCUUUGCCUUCUCCUAUUCUUCUCUUUAUCAUGCUUGAGCUAAUGGAAAAACAAUCAAAGCAGA